GGAGGAGGAGGAGGGAGGAGGAGGAGGGAGCUGCGCGGCUGGCUGGCUGGCUGGCUGGCCGGCCGGCUGGCGAUGAGCGGCGCCGGGGACGAGGAGGGCGUCCCGGAGGCCGGGGCUGGCGGGACCGGGCCCCGCUGCGAGCCCCAGGCCCCGGGCAGCGCGCUGAGCGUGGACUUGUCGGGGCUGCUGGGUCAGCUGGCGCGCAGCUUCGCGCUGCUGCUGCCGGUGUACGCCCUGGGCUACCUGGGUCUGAGCUUCAGCUGGGUGCUGCUGGCGCUCGGGCUCCUCGCCUGGUGCCGCCGGAGCCGCGGCCUCAAGGCCAGCCGCCUGUGCCGCGCGCUGGAGCUCCUGGAGGACGAGGAGCGAGCCGUGCGCCUCGGGGUGCGCGCCUGCGACCUGCCCGCCUGGGUUCAUUUUCCAGACACGGAAAGAGCAGAAUGGCUAAAUAAGACCGUAAAGCACAUGUGGCCCUUUAUUUGUCAGUUCAUCGAGAAGCUCUUUCGUGAAACCAUAGAGCCAGCUGUGCGGGGAGCAAAUACGCAUCUCAGCACCUUCAGCUUCACGAAAGUGGACGUGGGUCAGCAGCCCCUUAGAGUCAAUGGUGUUAAAGUUUAUACUGAAAAUGUAGACAAAAGACAAAUUAUUCUGGACCUUCAGAUUAGUUUUGUAGGAAAUUGUGAGAUUGAUUUGGAGAUCAAACGAUAUUUCUGUAGAGCUGGUGUGAAAAGUAUUCAGAUUCAUGGGACAAUGCGAGUGAUCCUGGAGCCCCUGAUAGGAGACAUGCCUCUCGUUGGAGCAUUGUCCAUCUUCUUCCUUAGGAAACCACUUUUAGAGAUUAACUGGACAGGACUGACUAAUCUCCUGGACAUCCCUGGACUGAAUGGUUUAUCUGAUACUAUCAUCCUGGAUAUAAUAUCAAACUAUCUGGUGCUUCCUAAUCGCAUCACGGUUCCUCUUGUCAGUGAAGUUCAAAUAGCACAGUUGCGGUUUCCCAUACCAAAGGGUGUGCUAAGGAUCCAUUUCAUUGAAGCUCAGGAUCUUCAGGGGAAAGACACCUACCUUAAAGGCCUUGUCAAGGGAAAAUCAGACCCCUAUGGAAUCAUCCGAGUGGGCAACCAGAUCUUCCAGAGUAAGAUUAUCAAGGAGAACCUUAGUCCAAAGUGGAACGAGGUAUAUGAGGCUUUGGUCUAUGAACACCCUGGACAAGAAUUGGAGAUUGAACUGUUUGAUGAAGAUCCAGACAAGGAUGACUUCUUAGGAAGUCUUAUGAUUGAUCUUAUUGAAGUUGAGAAGGAGCGCCUUUUAGACGAAUGGUUCACUCUGGACGAGGUGCCCAAAGGAAAGCUGCAUUUGAAGUUAGAGUGGCUCACACUGAUGCCAGACGCGGCAAACCUGGACAAGGUGCUGGCAGACAUCAGAGCUGAUAAGGAUCAAGCCAAUGAUGGUCUUUCAUCCGCACUGUUGAUCUUGUAUUUGGACUCUGCAAGGAACCUUCCGAGUAUCUUCGAGGGAAACUUUGGGUGUGGCUACUUAAAAGAGAGGCGAGCGUCGGGACUAGUGUUUUGUGAGAAUACUACCUCAGUCUAUAGAGCACUAUUUAGUAACCCAUUAGACUUUAACCCUGGUGUCUUGAAGAAGUCUGCAGUUCAGAGAGCUUUGAAGUCAGGGAAGAAAAUGAACAGCAACCCAAACCCGCUUGUCCAGAUGUCAGUCGGCCACAAGGCUCAAGAGAGUAAGAUCCGGUACAAAACUAGUGAGCCGGUGUGGGAGGAAAACUUCACUUUCUUCAUUCACAACCCCAAGCGCCAGGACCUGGAAGUUGAGGUCAAAGACGAGCAGCAUCAGUGUUCUCUGGGGAGCCUGAGGAUCCCGCUCAGCCAACUGCUUAUGAGUGACAACAUGACCAUAAACCAGCGGUUCCAUCUCAGCAACUCGGGUCCAAACAGCACCUUAAAAAUGAAGAUUGCCCUCCGGGUCCUCCAUCUUGAGAAGCAGGAAAGGCCUCCAGACUACCAGCACUCAGCCCGAGUGAAGCGGCCGUCUGUCUCCAAAGAAGGGCGAAAAGUGCCUGUCAAGUCUCAGACGUCUGUGACUCCAGGCACCGGUGGCAACAACACUGCUCCGUCAACACCCGGCACGGGAGACGAUAAGCCCGUCAGGGAGGAGAAGCCCCAGCCCCCGGAGGCCAGCCCUCUAGGACAUCGUGACCUAGGCAGGAGCUCCUCCAGCCUCUUGGCCUCUCCAAGCCACGUCUCAGCCAAGGAACCUACCCCAAGCAUUGCCUCAGACAUAUCACUGCCCAUUGCCACCCAAGAGCUGAGGCAGAGGCUGCGUCAACUUGAAAAUGGGACCACCCUAGGACAGUCUCCCCUGGGGCAGAUCCAGCUGACCAUCCGCCACAGCUCCCAGAGGAACAAGCUCAUUGUGGUCGUGCACUCGUGCAGAAACCUCAUUGCCUUCUCAGAAGAUGGCUCUGACCCAUAUGUCCGCAUGUAUUUAUUGCCAGACAAGAGAAGAUCAGGAAGAAGGAAAACACAUGUGUCAAAGAAAACACUAAACCCUGUGUUUGAUCAGAGCUUCGAUUUCAGUGUGUCAUUGCCUGAGGUGCAGAGGAGAACCCUGGACGUGGCGGUGAAGAACAGCGGGGGCUUCCUGUCCAAAGACAAGGGGCUUCUUGGCAAAGUACUGGUUGCUCUGGCAUCUGAAGAACUCGCCAAGGGCUGGACCCAGUGGUAUGACCUCACAGAAGACGGAACAAGGCCACAGGUGAUCACGUAGCCACGCUGGACGUAAGGCCCGUUUCUCAGCGUAUUGCACCACCUCAACACGGAACACACUUUCUUGCAAAUGUACCAAUGCUAUUUUUAUAAUUUUAAGUACUGAGUUAUACAUACCUUAGUAAUUUUAUAAAACUGUUGGCACUGUAGGAAACUUUGGCCAACACUAUUGUUAAGUUUCCCUGUUGGGUCCAGUGCUUCUCCAGGCACUGCAGAGUGCGGUGGUGCAGGCGUCCGUCCCUGUGCUGCUUGCAGCUCGUCAGCCACGCCCGCUCGGGAGAGGGCGCCCGUACUUGCUGACCGCUGCCUUGCCUUGCGUCCGGAGGUGCACUACACCAUGUAAAUAGACUCUGGUUUUUGUAAUGUCUACGUGCUGGCUUGGAUAAAGAAGAAAAUGUAUCAAGGAAAUACAUAUUUUCUUCUAAAACUUAUUAAAUUCUAUGACAGAUAAUCAUUUUCAUCUUUUCAGCAAAAAAGUUCUCAGAGAUCUGUUGUGUGAUAUAGCUUUUUAAGGGAAAAAUGGAAAGAUUAUUAAAUAUUAGGAUAUUUAUGUCUAGUAUGAAUGAUAAAGUGUUCAGAUUAUUAACAUUGUAAAUAGGAAGAUAGAGUGAGGAGUCAGUGAAUGACGGAUUAAAAGAUGUAUAACUGAGUAAUGGACAAUGCCAAGAGUAUUGUCAAAGCUCAUAAACACAGUGUACUCCUAAGAAGUUGAUUACAUAAGCAAGAAAUGUGCUGUUCAUUUGUAAUUGUUUGUUGUAACUGAUAGAUGAAAUAGUGCAGAGACAGACACAUGCCAGGCGGGCACCUCACACCUGUAACCCAGGAUGCAUGGGAGUCAGAGGGCCUGCCUGGGCUGCGCGGCAACACCCUAUCUUGGGAAAAAGAAAUGUAUACUUUAUGUUUUACCCAAAGCAUAGGAACUAAUCUCUGAUAUUAGGAGAUGAUGUAAGCCUGGUUUGUUUUGUCCAUGUUUGUAACCCAGUGAAGACAGGCCUGUUGUUAAUGGAAAGCGGUGAAACAAGCUGGACGCAUACACGGAGUAGCAUGCUAAAGACUGACACUGCACUGCUCUUGGUGGAGGACCUGGCUCUGCGGCCAUCACACAGGACACACACCUGUGGAUGGAGCCUGCUGUGCUUCCCCUCACACACAAAGGGAGGAACCCUGUCAGCAGCAUCAGCUGCCAGUCUUGGCACUUUCUGGAUAGCCUCAGUCUGUACCAUGUCAGGUCAUAAUAUUGGGAUAGUAUUAUGUGACUUUUAUUUUAGAGUCCUCUUUUCCUCUUCAGAUUAUGAAAAGCAUGUUUUACAUGUGUAGGAGUCCCCCAGAGCCUCUUGUGAGGUGAGGCUACAUCGCAGUGUUAUAAGCUAUGCAUGUCUGUAAGCAAAAUAUGCACAAAUGUGGGAAGACAUUUUCAGUAUGCAUUUUAAGCUACAGGAGAAAAGGGCUUCUCCCCCAUGAAAUCAUUUAAAACUGUGUACACUUACAGCAGGAAAAUGCAGCUUUGUAAUCAAAAUUGGAGUAGAUCCUUUCAUAUGCUUCCUAGAACUAAACAACCCAUGGGAAGCUUGUGUGACUAAACAUACCAAAGUGCCUAUGAUGAAUGCAAAGUGUUCCGUUUCUACUCUCCUCCUGUCUGGCAGAUGAGAGUGUGCCUCAGUUUGUAAUGUACCAUGCAUGGGUGCAUUUGUAACGGAGUCUGUGGCUCUUCACAGCACAUCCCAGGUAGUCAUAAGGCCAGAGUACCCUCACUCUCCGUCUGUUGACACCUUCCUUUGAGUCCCCUGUUUAUAAAUUUUUUCCUGUUAGUAUGCAGGAUUGGUUUUUCUAGGAGAAAGUUGAUGUGUAUGUCACACAUGUGAACAUAUAUGCACAUAAAACAUGUAAGGGUGGCAGUUUAGUCACAGGAAAAAAGACAGGUGAUAGGUGAUACCUUAUUAAAACUAGUUGCUUCACCAUGUUAUUAGGUUUUUUUUUCCUUAAGUAUCUUUUCAGUUGGUCCACUGAAGGAUUUCGGUCAUAAUCUAUAAAGAAGAUUUUCUUUUUGAAAUUUUAUCAUGUCAGUGGUUUUCUACCAACAACCUAAACAUUUUGGUUUUGUGCCCACAAGCUUAAUCUGUUCAGUAUGUGUUUUAUUUAACAGAAUACUUUACUUAACAAUUAGGUAAAUUGAAUAUAUUUAAGGGUACAAUCGCCUAGUAAGUCCUCAAUCUGGCGCCCUCUGCUGCAGUCACAAACGCUGGCACCAGUGAGCUCAGAUACAGCCUCCCCACCUGCAUCAUCUGAGUCCUCUUUGGAAAGGAGAAAGUCCGGUAAUACCAGCCCACCUCCUGGUUGUAGUCCUGUAUCCUGCACGUGGAGAGCUGAGUUGCCAUCAAGGCACGUUCCAGUGUCCUGAAGAUAGAAGAUACUUUGGGUUCUCAAAAUGCUAACUUUCAGUUUUUAAUGACUUAUCUUGGAAAAAAGAACUUUAAGUUUUCUACUUAGAACCAAACCAGUGAGGGGAAAUUAGUGAUUUGAAGUACAGCUCCACUAACUCACCUACGUGGCGACUUAUCCUGUGCCUUAAAGUACCAAGGGAAAACGGAAGCACCCUUGCAACUGCAGUUACCACCCCUUAUGUUCUGCACCCGAGAGUUCCUCUACAGGGACUCUGUCCUUAUGCAGACAGAGGUCAGUCCUCCAGACAGUUGGGUAUUAUUUCAGAAACGCCAGGCAGAUGCAGAGAGCCCCAGUCCCUGGAUAUGUAUUCUCUGGUUGCUGCAAUGACUGGUCCCAUCUGGAUUACCCACUGUAGAGGAGGACCACAGAGGAUUGGUUUUUGGGUUUUUUUAAAUCAUAGAAUGUGCUUUUCGCUUAAUUAAUUUUACAUAACAGCACAUGUAUUUAUUCAAUAAAACUUUUGUUAGCUCA